AUGGAGCAAAUAAAAGUAACAUUUGACUCGACACUCUCUGAAAUAGUGGCCCUGAAAAAGGAGUUAGCUACUAAGGAACAAUGGUCUCGACUUAACAAUGUCGAGAUAAAGGGAGUUCCCCUAAAGAAGAUGAAAACCUUUUUUUCAAUAGUAGAUAACAUAUGCACGCAGGUUGGUUACACGAUCCCGAAACAUCAAAUAAAUUACAUAGCAAGGGUGCCGACACAUUUUGGUAAGGAUAAAUCUAUUAUUGUCAACUUCAUCAACCGCUACAUAAAGGAAGAAUUUGUCGCUGCGGCGCGAAGUAAGAAGUUUAUGACAGCGAAGGACAUUGGAUUUGUGGGUAACGAACAACGGCUGUAUGUUAAUGAUCACUUAACACCGUAUUCUAAGGCCUUGUUAACUAGAACCAAAGCUAUUUGUAAAGAUAAGGCUUCUCAAUACGUUUGGGUAAAGUAUUGUAAAAUUCAUGUUAGAAAAAACGAUACUACGAGGGUUAUGAUUAUCACAAGUGAUAGUGAUUUAAACAAGUUAGCUUAA